AUGUCGUGGAUCAUCUUCACCUGGGUCGGCGACGCCGGGGAAGCAGACGGGAGGAGGGGCAGGAAGCGCCGGGGCGGCAGCCGCGGCAGCCCGGUGUUCGUCGGCGCGUCGGGGAUCUGCGACGGCACCGGGCCCGGCUGCAGCGGCGGCUACGGCAUCUGCGGCACCUGCCUCGACUAG